UUUCCAGAGGUUGUGUCUAUCUGAAUAAGUUAUAUUAAUUAAUGGAUUUUUGCUAUUGGUGAAGGAUAGUAAAAAGUCGAUUAAACGUUCAAGAAAAAGGGCAAAUACAUAUUUGCGCAGAUUCGAAAAUUCUGCCCUCGAUUUUUUUUUAACUAAAACAGGACGUUAUGUUUGGUGUCAACAAUAAUUUUUCAAUUGUUAAUGUCAAUAGGGAUUUGUUGUCAUCCAACAACAAUCCUAUAACUUUCUAUUUAGACGGAUUCGAUGUACAAGAUUUUCUCGAGAUUGCAGGGAUCAUUCGUAAAUUUGGAGGAAUCGUGACACCUCCAGAUCUGGAGACCGUUGUUUUGUCAACGCCCGAUCGUGUCCCAGGGACCAAUUAUUUACGAUUUCAUGUCCACUGGCUAUACCACAGUAUAAAAGAGGGUAAAUUGCAGGACAUUGGAAAAUAUUUACUUACAACGAAAUCGAGACCAGACCCUCAGAAGGCGUCAUCGGUUAAUAAGAGUGUAACCCAAUGGUUUAAUCAAUUAAUCAACGAGAAGAAUACCAAUCAAGAUAAUUCCAGGAUUGAGAAUAAAAAUGAGAGUUUCAUGAGGAGCAGUUUUACGACUCAUCGGAGUUCAAAAGAUCAGGUCGACAGUGACGAAAAAGAUGAUUUACAGCAGUCGUGCACUUCUUCUUGCAUCACGAGAUCAUCAACUUCAGAGGAGGAAUUGCCACCAGAGACACCUCUGGUGACCAGGCGAGUCCCCCCUUACGUGGGUCAAAUAAAUAAUACUGACCUUGAGAAAAUUACUGCUCAAAAAUCCGCGGAGAGAAGCAUCAGGACUUUACGUCAAUCUACACCAAGCAUUAGGACAAAAUCUUGCUGUGGAUUUUCUCCAACAAACGGAAAAUCUAAAUGUUCAAAUUCUCGAGCUGUGAAGGGAGUGCGAGCUCCGAAGAACAAAGCCUUGGUGACUAAAAGUAAAGGUAAGCGCUUCAAGUACAGCUCCGAAGAGGAUAAGCAGAUCAUUACGUAUCUCGUUGAAAAUAACUGCAUUUUAGACGCCUAUAAAAAGGCGGUCUGCAAAAAAAUAAUGUCUCUAGAAGGGCUUUCCAAUCGCACUGUGGGUAGCAUCUACUCUCAUAUCAAGAAUCUCAAGCUCAAGAUUCGCAAAUUCACCAAUGAUCCUUGUGUCAUUGCACAGUUUGAAGCACUCGAAUAAUCGAGCAAAUGGUAAUCGAUUCUCAGCUCUUGUCAAAUCCCAUUCUUCGAACUAUUAUUCCCACUUUUCUCCAUUCUUCCUUCACUCUUCCUUUUUAAUUAAAUGCUAUUUUUCAUUUUA